AUGUCGUCUGUCGGUGGAGAACAAUGUACUAAUCAUAGGACUUCGUAUCACACAAAAGAAAACUGCAAUGUUGUCAUUUUUGGACAAACGGGCGCUGGUAAAAGUUCCUUGAUCAAUUUGGUCGCCGGGACGCAAACGGCGCGGAUAUCUCGCGAUGCUAUGGGAUGUACAACUGGAAUCAACAAGUAUGGCGUCUCAAUUCAGAGCAACCUUUUACAAGUGCAGUUGUUUGAUACCCCCGGUCUCGGUGAGGGCCCUGAAGGAACAGUUCCCGAUAAGAAGGCUCGAGAAACUGUGAAGACACUCAUUCAAGAUCUUAUGAAGCAAAAUGACAUUCAUCUCCUCAUCUACUGCGUGCAAGGUGGGACAGCGAUGAAGGCGCUCCGUCGCAACUACAACUUCAUCUGCUCCGAAGUGAAGGAGAGAGUUCCAAUCGUUCUUGUUGCCACAAGUUUAGAACGCAAAGAACCAGAAAUGGAACAAUGGUGGAGGGAUAACGAGCGAUCUAUCUCAAAAUCGAGGAUGACCUUUGCUGGUCACGCAUGUGUCACCACUAUCGAUGAAAUUGCAGGGGAUAAGCUCAAGCGGCGCCACGAAGAGUCACACUACGCCAUCUGUCAAGUUAUUGAGCUGUAUCGCCUGAAAGGGGCUACAAGGCGUAAAACUAUCGUACUCUUUGGGGAGACAGGAGCAGGUCAAAGCUCACUUGUCAACCUCAUAGCGGGAAUGGCGGUAGCACACACGUCUCCUGACAUGGGACGCUGUACAAUGGGGUGGACGGAGUAUACUAUCGACUUUGACGGUGGCUCGUAUACGAUUUUCGAUACCAGAGGACUCAAUGACCCGUGGAUCAAACCCGAAGAGUACCUCGAGUCUGUCGAAAAUGCCUAUCGGCUUGUCAGGGAAUUGGAUGGACGAGACGGUAUUGAUCUACUUCUGUUCUGCGUUCGCGCCGGCAGAGGCACUGCCACGCUUCGAAGCAAUUAUCGGCUUUUCCACGAAUUCCUGUGCGAGCAAAAGGUUCCCAUUGUUCUUGCGAUCACGAACCUCGAGAGAGAGGAGAGGAUGGAGGACUGGUGGAAGAGAAACGAGGCCACAUUCAAAGAGCAUGAGAUAAAGGUCGCUGGCCAUGCAUGCAUCACCGCCGCCAAUAAAUUGGAUGGCAGACAUAAAAACCUGUAUGAACAAUCGCGCACCACGAUCCGCAACCUUGUUAAGGAAUUUACUGCCGACGGACAGAAGCAGGCAUGGACAGGGGGGCACAACCUGUUCGUGUCGUUCAUGCGCAAGCAGAAGGUGUUACUCACAGGGAGUUUGCCGGUUAGAAAGAAAGAUCUUGUCCCUCAUCUCACGAAGCGUUGUGGCAUAUCUCCAGACGUCGCAGAAGAGUUGGCUAAUAUGAUCGAAGCUUCGACCUCCCAUUGAACUUAUACCUCAUCCAAUUGUAGACUGUCGUUGUCGGUAAUACGGCCUUAUCCUUACAGAUCGGUACUUGGUACAUAUUUGCAAACAGUUAUAUCUCGUAUUCCAGUGCGAUGGUCAAGCCGCGCAUUAUAAUUAUAUAUAUGUUCGAUAUUA